AAUUGGUCGGUUGAAAACCCAGUGGGCAUCACCUUGUGGGAAACCGACAGCGCCAUGUUCUGCUUGUCGGUGGAGCAGAUGAGCGGCCAAGUGUUGACGCUGGAAGUGUCACCAGAGAUGACAGUCCGAGAGCUGAAGCAAAAGUUGAGGAUCUUGCGGCCAAGUGAAGAUGAGCUUGUGCGCCAGAUCACCAAGGUAGACCUGGUAGUUAAUGGCAAGAGCCUGCAAAACAACAAUACAAACCUCGAUGAGGCAGGAAUCUCUGCAGCCUCAGCAGUACAGGUCCUCUAUACCAUUGAUUCCGUUGAAUGCUCCAGGAAGGAAGACUCCUGUUGCCAUGCUCAAGACUUGCUGGCAGUUGUAAUCCCAAGUCAUGUGGUUCGCAUUGACCAGGAAGCAUUCUGCAACUGCAACUCCCUGGCUAGCGUGACUAUCCCCGACUCUGUGACGCGGUUUGAAGCAGGUGCCAUCCAAAACUGUACUUCUUUGGUUAGCGCGAAGAUCCCCGACUCUUUGACACACAUUGGGCGCAGAGCUUUCAGUUUUUGUCGCUCCCUAAGGAACUUGACCAUUGGAAACUCCGUGGUUCUCAUUGGGGAGGCUUCCUUUAGGGAUUGCAGCUCAUUGAGGAGCUUGGUCAUACCAGACUCUGUGAAAGACAUUGGAUCCUGGGCCUUUGAAGGGUGUAGCUCCUUGGAAAGUGUAACUAUCCCGGACUCGGUGAUUUAUUUCGGAGAGGAUGCCUUCAAGGGAUGCACUGCUUUGAAAAGUGUGACAAUCCCCCGCUCUAUGGUGCACAUAGGUCCAGGUGCCUUUAGUGCCUGCACUGCUCUCACAAGCUUGACAAUCCCUGGUUCAGUUACAUACAUAGAGGGAGGUGCUUUUGCAAACUGCAGGUCCUUGCCCAGCUUGACACUUCCCGCCUCUCUCAUCAUCAUCGGUGACACGGCUUUCAAAGGCUGCAGCUCCUUGCAAACCCUGACCAUCCCCAACUCUGUGAGAGAGCUGGGAUUCCAUGCCUUUGAGGGUUGUACCUCUUUGGUCAGUGUGAACAUCCCUGACUCAGUGAAAUCCAUUGGAGAUGGUGCCUUCAAUGGCUGCACCUCUUUGACCACAGUGCGAGUGCCAAGUGCCUGGCGAUUUCGCAAGAUCUCAAUAGGCCCUGGGGCCUUCGAUGGCUGUCCAGCUCAACCAGAAUUGGAAAGGGCAGGUUGCCAGGUACAAUGAUGUGCAGCGAAGCUUCUGACUGCAUCCGAAUCCGACCCAAGUGACUGUGCAUGGACGAUAAUGUUCAAAGUCUUGCUGUGAGUGCAAACUGGAUGGUGUCUCUCGGUUAUUUUUCAUGUACUGAGUACUGAGUGUUUACCGCUAUCGCAAAGCAGAUCAGGACGGAGAAAUCGUGAAUGUGACAGGACGAGCACAGACUCUCUGGACGA